UACUAGCAUAGCAGAUGAACAAGAAUACCUGUCGUCUGCUUUUUUUUCUUCCGUCAAGGAUCUACUUGCACCAUGUCAAAGGAUUGGCCGAUCUACCCGCAACCGGAUGCGCUUCUGGCAAAUUGGUUCUAGCGACACACUUUUGCCGAUCGUGUACCAGCCUCGCGAAUUUUAAGUUCAAUACAUCCUGUGAACAUCACCUUGCCUAUUCUAUACGUGUUAUCCGUAUUUACUCAGGCCCAUUUGGUCAAUAUUUACUUGAACAACGAGAAGACUUCGUUGUAUAUUGACGGUGCGAGUGUCGAUCUUGUCAAUAAACGGAGCAAUGUCUCACCAUAGCCGCCAAAAUCCUCGAUGCAGUGGUAGAGGUCAACUGGAGAAGCAACCGCUACCGGUUAGCGAAGGACCACUAGACUAAAAUCUCCAAAUUAUGCAACACAUCUCUAUAUGUUGACAGAGCGUCGCAUAGAGUCUCAUUUCGGCGCAUUACAUCAGGCGGCAGUGGAUGAACCCUCCGUUGAUUGGGAUCGGACCGAUCAGCUGCCGCCCCCGGAAGAACCCACUGACCAAGUAGGCAGCCAGCCAGCCAGUCAUAAGAGACAUGGCUGCUGACCUCAUUACGCUUCGGACUUUUGGCUGCAACCAGGACGCUUGCAGACAUUGUCAAGACCUCUUCUCUACAUUUCGUACCGCCCUACAGUCCGAUUAGCCAGCAAGGCGAAUUAACCAUGAGAAGCAUUACAAUUGCCACCUUCGCGCUAUCGUCGCUAGCACUGUCUCAGUCGUGCCCAGGAGCACAGCAGCCUAAGCCUUACUCGCGUGGCGACACAUCCGGGUGUGGCAAGGAGCACAUAUUCAACAGCAUUACGAAGCCACGGUCGCUGAUAUCAAGUGGGAAGGAUCGCGGCUAUGGUGUCCAUCUUCCUGGUAAUUAUGACAAGAAUAAACAAUAUCCCGUCAUCUUUGGCUUCCACGGAUCCAGCAGCAUAGGACUCUUUUUCGAGGUAGACACUGGCCUUGAUGACGCCAAGUACACAGGUGAUAAAAUCAUGGUCUAUCCCAAUGGGCUGGGAGGAGCCUGGGGUGGCGCCAGCUACUCUAAAUCGACGGUAGAGGAAGAUUUGCAGUUUGUGUGGGACAUCUUGGUCGAUUUGCGCCAAAACUUUUGUAUCAACAGCGCUCGUAUUUACGCGACCGGACUCUCGGCCGGCGGAGGUUUCGUGGAUACAAUUGCGUGUAAUGCCACCGUGGGCGCCGAGUUUGCCGCGUUCGCGCCAGCUUCCGGGUCCUUCUACACCAAUAAUGACGCCAACCAUGCUGACUGCAAACCAGCCCGUGUUCCCACACCCAUGUUGGAGUUCCACGGAGGCGCAGACGAUAGUGUGAAAUAUGGUGGAGGUCAGGGCGAAGGAGGCUUGGAGCCGGCUAUUCCCGUAUGGCUGGACCGUUGGGCUGAAAGAAAUCAGUGCCAAACCCCGUACCACCAAGAAGAUCUAUUUGACGGAGACGUCCACCAUCUCAGCUGGACCUGUGGGGGAGUGGACGGCGUGCAGCAGCACUACAAGACUGAUGAUCAGAAACACGACUGGCCCUCUACGACCAUCAACUUUUCUCAGCUAGCGGCAGGGGACAAGCCCACACACAUCUCGGCUAGCGCUCUCAUUCAGGACUUCUUUAUGCGGUUUACGCGCCCGGAAUGAAAGCCGGUAGCUAUGCCUGAGCGCUUCGAAGACACUCGUUUGCAAGCGACUACUCAAAAUGGCACGUAGGCCGAGGGCACGUUGCAGAAAGUGACAUGACAUACAGCGGAGUGGGGGUCCUGCAUGACCAAAUUGAAGAACGGAGAGACCAACGCUUGAAGUAAUGAGACCGGUACCAGCAGCCGGCUAUGAAAACAACGACGAAAUAAUGAAGCAAUCUCUUGUUUUUCCCCUGUUAUAUUAGUACUAAGAGACAACCCUCUGCAUUCAAAUCCAGCACAUUUGUAUUCAAUGAAGAGACUGAUUUGGCACCUAAUCAACGCGAUCCACAGAAAGUGCUCA